CAUUUAGGAUUAAAUGAAAAACAGAAAUGAGGUGCAAGGAGCGUUAGAUUUUUCAAAGCAUUACGAGAUCUGUGGAACUAAAAUAUAGUGGUUGAAAUGUGAUAUGAUGAAGUAAUGAUUGUUUUUGCCAUGCAGAGUAUGUCUAAAUAACCGAUUCCCUUCUCUUUUCGUGUUUUGUUUCUACUUACACCAAACAUGAACUUUGCAAUAAAAUUACACUGGUAACUUACAAUUAUUUUUCUGCUAUUUUUAGAAAAUGGCCUCUACUUAAAUUCAGUAUAAGCACCUUCUGAGAAAACUCCGGGAAAAAGAUCGACUGCUGUGUAGAUUGUCUAUUAUAACAGUAUACUUCACUGUCAUUUCUGGUAGGGUUGUAUGAGAAGUAAAGAACCCUAUGUUUCCUUCUAGUCCCUCCCAAGGACAUUUCCUACAAGUGAAUUCUGCUGAAAAUGAAAAUUAGACAGCUUUAGGAGGUAAAGAAGUAGCUAAAAGGGAGAGGUAUUAAAGGCAACGCUAUAACUGGGUAGAAAGAGGAAGGACAUGUAGCUUAUUGCCACCUUUGUGUUCUGAUGCACGUCAGAGGUAUUUUCUCAGUGUAUAGAUUGCUGAGUGUGUGUGUGCGAGCUACUUACUACCACUCAUGACCUUUUAUCUGCUAUCUUCAGUGAUUUCACAAAUCUAGCUACAUGGGUGUGGAAAGAGUGAAAAAUAGAAAGUGGGGCAUUCACACUGAUUUGCCAUUUAAUGGAGAUUGUAUUGCUGACCAUGUUCUUUGAUAAAUAAAUUGUGCUAUUGUUUUUAGUUCAAAAUGUAUUUUAACUGCCUGCUUUUCUUUCUUAGAUUAAUAUUUUUGGGGACAGAUUUGUGAUGCUUGAUUCACCCUUGAAGUAAUGUGGACAGAAGUUCUCAAAUUUGCAUAUUACAUCAACUGGAACCAGCAGUGAAUCUUAAUGUUCACUUAAAUCAGAACUUGCAUAAGAAAGAGAAUGGGAGUCUGGUUAAAUAAAGAUGACUAUAUCAGAGACUUGAAAAGGAUCAUUCUCUGUUUUCUGAUAGUAUAUAUGGCCAUUUUAGUGGGCACAGAUCAGGAUUUUUACAGUUUACUUAGAGUAUCGAAAACUGCAAGCAGUAGAGAAAUAAGACAAGCUUUCAAGAAAUUGGCAUUGAAGUUACAUCCUGAUAAAAACCCGAAUAACCCAAAUGCACAUGGAGAUUUUUUAAAAAUAAAUAGAGCAUAUGAAGUACUCAAAGAUGAAGAUCUACGGAAAAAGUAUGACAAAUAUGGAGAAAAGGGACUUGAGGAUAAUCAAGGUGGCCAGUAUGAAAGCUGGAACUAUUAUCGUUAUGAUUUUGGUAUUUAUGAUGAUGAUCCUGAAAUCAUAACAUUGGAAAGAAGAGAAUUUGAUGCUGCUGUUAAUUCUGGAGAACUGUGGUUUGUAAAUUUUUACUCCCCAGGCUGUUCACACUGCCAUGAUUUAGCUCCCACAUGGAGAGACUUUGCUAAAGAAGUGGAUGGGUUACUUCGAAUUGGAGCUGUUAACUGUGGUGAUGAUAGAAUGCUUUGCCGAAUGAAAGGAGUCAACAGCUAUCCCAGUCUCUUCAUUUUUCGGUCUGGAAUGGCCCCAGUGAAAUAUCAUGGAGACAGAUCAAAGGAGAGUUUAGUGAGUUUUGCAAUGCAGCAUGUUAGAAGUACAGUGACAGAACUUUGGACAGGAAAUUUUGUUAACUCCAUACAAACUGCUUUUGCUGCUGGUAUUGGCUGGCUGAUCACUUUUUGUUCAAAAGGAGGAGAUUGUUUGACUUCACAGACACGACUCAGGCUUAGUGGCAUGUUGGAUGGUCUUGUUAAUGUAGGAUGGAUGGACUGUGCCACCCAGGAUAACCUUUGUAAAAGCUUAGAUAUUACAACAAGUACUACUGCUUAUUUUCCUCCUGGAGCCACUUUAAAUAACAAAGAGAAAAACAGUAUUUUGUUUCUUAACUCAUUGGAUGCUAAAGAAAUAUAUUUGGAAGUAAUACAUAAUCUUCCAGAUUUUGAGCUACUUUCGGCAAACACACUAGAGGAUCGUUUGGCUCAUCAUCGGUGGCUCUUAUUUUUUCAUUUUGGAAAAAAUGAAAAUUCAAAUGAUCCUGAGUUGAAAAAACUAAAAACUCUACUUAAAAAUGAUCAUAUUCAAGUUGGCAGGUUUGACUGUUCCACUGCACCAGACAUCUGUAGUAAUCUGUAUGUUUUUCAGCCGUCUCUAGCAGUAUUUAAAGGACAAGGAACCACAGAAUACGAAAUUCAUCAUGGAAAGAAGAUUCUAUAUGAUAUACUUGCCUUUGCCAAAGAAAGUGUGAAUUCUCAUGUUACCACGCUUGGACCUCAAAAUUUUCCUGCCAGUGACAAAGAACCAUGGCUUGUUGAUUUCUUUGCCCCUUGGUGUCCACCAUGUCGAGCUUUACUACCAGAGUUACGAAGAGCAUCAAAUCUUCUUUAUGGUCAGCUUAAGUUUGGUACACUAGAUUGUACAGUUCAUGAGGGACUCUGUAACAUGUAUAACAUUCAGGCUUAUCCAACAACAGUAGUAUUCAACCAGUCCAACAUUCAUGAGUAUGAAGGACAUCACUCUGCUGAACAAAUCUUGGAGUUCAUAGAGGAUCUUAUGCAUCCUUCAGUGGUCUCCCUUACACCCGCCACCUUCAAUGAACUAGUUACACAAAGAAAACACAACGAAGUCUGGAUGGUUGAUUUCUAUUCUCCGUGGUGUCAUCCUUGUCAAGUCUUAAUGCCAGAAUGGAAAAGAAUGGCCCGGACAUUAACUGGACUGAUCAAUGUGGGCAGUAUAGAUUGCCAACAAUAUCAUUCUUUUUGUGCCCAGGAAAACGUUCAAAGAUACCCUGAGAUAAGAUUUUUUCCCCCAAAAUCAAAUAAAGCUUAUCAGUAUCACAGUUACAAUGGUUGGAAUAGGGAUGCUUAUUCCCUGAGAAUCUGGGGUCUAGGACUUUUACCUCAAGUAUCCACAGAUCUAACACCUCAGACUUUUAGUGAAAAAGUUCUACAAGGGAAAAAUCAUUGGGUGAUUGAUUUCUAUGCUCCUUGGUGUGGACCUUGCCAGAAUUUUGCUCCAGAAUUUGAGCUCUUGGCUAGGAUGAUUAAAGGAAAAGUGAAAGCUGGAAAAGUAGACUGUCAGGCUUAUGCUCAGACAUGCCAGAAAGCUGGGAUCAGGGCCUAUCCAACUGUUAAAUUUUAUUUCUACGAAAGAGCAAAGAGAAAUUUUCAAGAAGAGCAGAUAAAUACCAGAGAUGCAAAAGCAAUCGCUGCCUUAAUAAAUGAAAAAUUGGAAACUCUCCAAAAUCAAGGCAAGAGGAAUAAGGAUGAACUUUGAUAAUGUUGAAGAUGAAGAAAUAAAAGAAAUUCUGACAGAUGACAUCAGAAGCCACCUAUUUAGAAUGUUACAUUUAUGAUGGGAAUGAAUGAACAUUAUCUUAGACUUGCAGUUGUACUGCCAGAAUUAUCUACAGCACUGAUGUAAAAGAAGGGUCUGCAAACUUUUUCUGUAAAGGGCUGGUUUAUAAAUAUUUUAGACUUUGCAGGCUAUAUGGUUCACACAUGAGAACAAGAAUAGAGUCAUCAUGUAUUCUUCUCUGUUAUUUACUUUUAACAACUCUUUAAAAAAUAUUAAAACAAUUCUUAGCUCAGAGCCAUAGAAAAGUAGGCCAUAUUCAGUCCAUGGACCAUAGAUUGCUGUCCCCCUCUACGGACUUAUGAUGUUUCAGGUGGCUGGCUUGAACACGAGUCUGCUGUGCUAUUAUCUACAUAAAUGUCUAAGUUGUAUAAAGUCCACUUUCCCUUCACGUUUUUUGGCUAGCCUGAAAAGAGGUAACUUAGUUUUUGGUCACUUGUUCUCCUAAAAAUACUAUCCCUGACCAUAUAUUUAUAUUUCGUUUUAAAAACACCCAUGAUGUGGCACAGUAAACAAACCCUGUUAUUCUGUUAUUAUGAAGAGAUUCUAUAUUAUUAUGAAGAGAUUAUUCAUUGUUUUCUUUCCUUCUCAAAGGUUGCAAAAAUGCUUUUAAGUUUUCACAGCUGAGAAACAGUCAGCAGUAUAUGUGCACACAGUAAGUACACAAAUUUGAGCAACAGUAAGUGCACAAAUCCUGUAGAUUGCUGUAUCAUCCAGGAAAACCUGAGGGAAAAAAAUUAUAGCAGUUAUUAUCUGGGCAUUGUAGAGUAUCCUAAAUAUGUUAUCAAGUAUUUAGAGUUCUAUAUUUUAAAGAUAUAUGUGUUCAUGUAUUUUCUGAAAUUGCUUUCAUAGAAAUUUUCCCACUGAUAGUUGACUUUUGAGGCAUCUAAUAUUUACAUAUUUGCCUUCUGAACUUUGUUUUGACCUGUAUCCUUUAUUUACAUUGGGUUUUUCUUUCAUAGUUUUGGUUUUUCCCUCCUGUCCAGUCUAUUUAUUAUUCAAAUAGGAAAAAUUACAGGUUGUUUUACUGUAGCUCAUAAUGAUACUGUAGUUAUUCCAGUUAUAGUUUACUGUCAGAGGGCUGCCUUUUUCAGAUAAAUAUUGACAUAAUAACUGAAGUUAUUUUUAUAAGAAAAUCAAGUAUAUAAAUCUAGGAAAGGGAUCUUUUAGUUUCUGUGUUGUUUAGACUCAAAAAAUCACAAAUUUGUCAGUAACAUGUAGUUGUUCAGUUAUAAUUCGGAGUGUACAGAAUGAUAAAAAUUCCAAUUAGUCGUAAGAGGUCAGUGAAUUAAAAGGCUUGCAAUUUUUU